CCCCGACCUCGUAGGCGAGCAGGGCCUAGGGGUGAGGCUUUUCGAUAAUGUCGUACCUUCCGCUCCCUCCCCUUUCCGAUAACCGAAGGGGGUACAGCGUUUUGAAAACGCCGUACCCGUUCCGGCCCUGUAUGUGGACAGUGCCGAGAGGGUACGACGUUUCGAAAAUGCCGCACGCCUUGGGUUUCUGGGAGGUGAACGGAUGGCGAGGGGAACGGACGAAGUAUGGUGUUUCCAAAACGCCGUACCCACGUUUGAUCAAGAUGAUGACGAUCAGCGUUUCGAAAAUGUCGUACCCACUUUUGAUAAAGAUGAAGACAAUCAGCCCUCGUCUUCUUGUCUCGAUAGGUACAUGGAAGACGGAGACGCUUCAGCAGCGCGAGUCAACAUGUCAGAACAAACGAGUGUGUCAGCAGUGGCGAGUGAUUGUUGUGCCUUCAUGGCAUUGGUCUUUCGGAUUCUCAUCCCGGCUGCCGAGCGUUUGUUGCUUGCCCAUGCCCAAGCAACGCUUUUCAGUCGGAGGCCGGCGGAGGCCGGCGGAGGCAGUCGUGGGCAGUCGGAGGCCGGCGGAGGAAGUGGGGGGCCGGCGGAGGCAGUCGCGGGCAGGUGGAGGCCGGCGGAGGCAGUCACGCGCAGGCGGAGGCAGGUGGAGGCAGGCGCGGGCAGUCGGAGGCCGGUGGAGGAAGUGGGGGGACGGCGGAGGCAGUCGCGGGCAGGCGGAGGCCGGCGGAGGUAGUCGCGGGCAGGCGGAGGCAGGUGGAGGCAGUCGCGAGCAGGCGGACGUCGCGUUCGAGCACAGGUGCACACUCGCGAAUGACACUGCAGCAAAGUGGCCUGUGUUGUGCGCCGAGGUUGGUAUUCUGCAAACUGGUGCUGAAGUUAUAAAGCUCGCGAUAAAGGCAGAGGCAGACGAUUACAAGGACUUGGUGUGGAGAGGGAUGAGGAGAUGUGACUUCUCUCUCUACAGGGAGUAUGCCACUUAUAGAUGUUCUGAUUUCAAGGACUAUCCCUGGUCGGAGAAGAAUGAGGCCGUGACUGAGGAAGUGAAGGAGAUACGGGACAUGGUGAAGGGAUUGACGAGACAGGUUACAGAGAUUGUGACCACAACGGGGGCCACGGCCUACCGGGACAAACCUGGAGGGCCCUAUUCACUUCGCUGGGACCGUAGGAACAACGAUUCCUGGAGGAGUGUCGAGGAUAGAAAUCAUCGGACGUUGACUGAUUAUCGUACGAGGGGAAGAGAGAGAGACGAUGAACCAUGGCGACGUAGGGAUGAUGAGAUAGACCGAGACCGCAGAGAUCGCGAGCCGUUUGCGCGAGCGAGGAGGCUGGAUGAUUACCCGCGAAGCCCUCUCUAUGAGGCCGAUCGGGGUAGAGGCGACUCCCGCGGCGGAUGGGAGACGGAUCAGGGCCGACGAGAUGGAUAUAGGGACGACAGAUAUGAGAGAUCGGACCGAGACGGAUAUAGGGACGACAGAUACGAGAGGUCGGGUCGAGAUGGCUACAGAGGUGGUAGGUAUGAAAGAGGAGAUCGGGACUGGGAACGACGAGAUGGGUCGCGCGGACGGUUUGAGCGCGAGGGAGAACAGCGCGAUGAGUCGCGGGGGUGGUACAACCGAGGRGRCCAACGCGAUGAGACACGAGGGCGAUAUGACUCAGGGGACCGCCGGGAUAAUUCGCGAAGGCAGUAUGAGCAAGGAGGGUCUGGAGGAGACCGCCGCAACGAUUCCCGCGGUCGGAAUGAGAGAGGGCGAUAUGGCGUCUCAUCAGAACCAUAUCCCAAGUCGCCUGACCCCAAGGCAGCCAGGGGUUCGAUCUCGAGAAGUGCAGACGACAGGCCAUCUACUCCCAGGAACUCAUGCAAUUACUGUAGAGGAAAAGAUUAUAUCAAGAGGGAUUGCCCGAACCUCAAACGGGCAAUAGAUGAGGGACUUGUCAUGCUUGACGACCACAAGUACGUCAAGUGGGCAGAUGGUCUGGGAGAUGUAUUGAUGUUCCCUUCGAUGAAGGAGAAUCUCGAAGCGAGGAGAGUAAAGAAAAGGAGCCGGUCAGGAGCUAUUCUUCUCGAUGGAAUGGAAGGUGUGCCUCCAGACAAGUUUUAUAUACUUGGUAGAGGGGCCGUGGAGACGAUUAUAAACGAUGGAGCGAUACUCGAUGCUGUGAUCGGUAACGGCAGUGGGGCUGUCAUCAUAGACGAGGACCUGGCAGUGCAGGUUGGACUGGGCCUCGAUAGGUCAUACCUAUUCGAGAUAGAGACGGCUGAUGGGAGAAAGCAACAGAUCACUGGGGUUUGUCACAAGGCAGCCAUAGAGGUCCAAGGGGUACGAGUGACCCUGCCUGUCUUUGUAGUCAAGAACUGCAACUCCGACCUGCUCUUGGGACGAACGUGGCUGAGCCACAUGCAUGCGGUGACAAUAGAGCGACCUGAUGGGAGCCAAACAUUGUCCAUUAGGAAGCCAGACGGGACGCGGGUAAUGAUUGAGACAGCGGAGCCUUGGGACCCGAGGAACAGAGCGGCUCUCGCUGUGGGUGCGAGACCCAGUGAACAGAUUAAGUCGUUACCUAUCUUCGGCCGCGCGGUGCGAUUUCGCGAGACAAAAUAUGGACCACUGCUUACAGAGGAAGAAGGUCGGAUCGUGGAGGUGGAAGAUUUAGGGAGUCGACUAAUAGUGAACGAUAACUCGUACCCAAAGGAAAAAUAUGAGGAACUUGGCGGUGUGGUAUCCAAGGAGAAGGAAGAAGUUAUCGCUUUCCUGAAAGAAAAUAUGGUUUCCCACGUUGCGGAGCCGUCUGAUAGCGAUUAUGCUAAUCGAUGGUUCUUCCUACGAAAGCCGAAUGGCAAGAUCCGAUGGAUCCAGGAACUUCAGAAGGUCAACGCGGUGAUGAUACGAGACGUGGGCUCCGUGCCACACGCCGAUUUACUGGCAGAGGGCGCCGCAGAUAUGCCGGUGACGAAACUCAACGCCAUUUCUGCACAUCUUCAUAAACACGACCAGGAGCCGGGACCCACUCGAGUAAACCGGGAAGAGGAGGGAAGAGGAGGGAAGAGGAGUAGGGAGGACAAGGACUAUGACGAUGACGAACGAGGGAGGAACGAGGGAAGAGGAGGGAAGAGGAGGGAAGAGGAGUAGGGAGGACCUUCGAUUGGUCAUCAUAUACCACCUGUCCAACAAACAAGCAAACGAAAA